ACCCUCGAAGAAACGGCCCGCAGUCCCCGACGGAGAUAAUAAAAUCAAGUCCUUCAAGAAAUUUCCCCCAAAUCGUUAGGGUUUCCCUGCAAUUGAAUCGUCGCCUUCCUCUGCUCCCGAGAAUACGCGUGCGCAGGAGCCAUGUCGUCCACUCGCAGUAUCAUCCUCAAGAGCUCGGACGGAGAGUCCUUCGAGGUGGAGGAGGCGGUGGCUCUGGAGUCCCAGACCAUCAAGCACAUGAUCGAGGACGAGUGCGCCGACGACGGCAUCCCCCUCCCCAACGUCACCAGCAGGAUCCUCUCCAAGGUCAUCGAGUACUGCAAGAAGCACGUCGACGCCGACCGCGCCUCCUCCGUCGCCGACGACGACCUCAAGGCCUGGGACGCCGAGUUCGUCAAGGUCGACCAGGCCACUCUUUUCGAUCUCAUCCUGGCAGCGAAUUAUCUGAACAUCAAGGGGUUACUGGAUCUGACCUGCCAGACUGUGGCUGACAUUAUCAAGGGGAAGACACCUGAGGAGAUCAGGAAGACAUUCAACAUCAAGAAUGACUUCACGCCGGAGGAAGAGGAAGAGGUUCGAAGGGAGAAUCAAUGGGCCUUUGAGUGAAACGAUGUGCUUAGCGUUAAAGCCAACGUUUCGCUCUGGCAUUAGUCAUUCUUCACUCAGGGAAACUGGGGUCGCAGUUUCUAACUCGAGAUCAAUCUUCUAACUUCUUGCUAGUGUGAUUGAACCUUGUUCUUUGUGUCAUAUAUGGUCUUACUUUUUACAUAGCACACGUUUAAGAGGUGAUGGCUCUGUUUCUUGGUUGCUGCAA